AUUGUAUUGCAUAAUAAUUACGUUUUAAAUAUCUUUAUCUCAACAAGCUGCAGUUAAUUGCCGUACCGUUGAUACACGUAAUAAGUUGUGCGAUUAUUUAUAUAUAUUAAGAAAUCCUCUUACAAGAGGACAGGAAACACGUAGGAAGAUCAUGCGAUUGUGUUUAAACAACCAUGAUUAUGCGUAAGUUUAUACUUUUUAUCGCGCGGAGAUAAUCCCUUCCAAGCAAGCGCCUUUAGAGUAGGGCAAUACGUAUAUUAAUCCUUGUCGCGAGACGCGGUAUUGCAUUCCGUGAUACUGUAAGAGAAAGAGAGAGAAAGAUUAUCAGCAUCUCCCGUGAGAAAAGUUCGAUUUUUCGCGUGAACUGAAAAUGCCUCUGAAAUAUUUAACGCCGGAGCAGAAGCAGUUCUGGGAGGAAAAUGGUUACAUCAAAUUGUCGAACGUGUACUCGGCGAAGGAAAUGAACGAGAUACUGGACUCCUACGAUGACUUGUUCGAGAGAAAGCAGCGCGAAAAUCCGAAUAUGGAGGCAAGCUGGGGCGGAGCUGACAUGAAGAAGGAGGCUGGGAAUAUCAGUUACUCCGUGAAAUCCAUCCACAAUCUGCAAAUGCACGACGGCGUUUUCACCCGGCUAGUCACGCACCCGAAUUUACUGGACGCCCUCGAGGACAUCAUGGGCACCAGGGACAUAAUGCUGCAUCACACCAAGGCGCACAUAAAGCCGCCGGAGAAAGGGGCGCCUUACCUGAUGCAUCAAGACUAUCAUUAUUUUCCCCACAAGAAGCACUCUAUGUUGGCGGUGUUUCUACACUUGGACGACACAACGCCGGAAAACGGCGGCUUGGCGGUGUACCCCGGCAGCCACAAGCUCGGGCCGUUGGAGGACUACGGGAGCCAGUACGCCGACCCGAGGGGCGAGCAGUAUCACUACGCCAAUCCCAAGGAGUACCCGCUGUCGAACGCCGUUCCCGUGUCCGCGAGCAGGGGUGACCUCAUCAUCUUCUCCUACCUGCUGCUUCACGGCUCGUAUCUGAACUUGUCCGACCGGAGCCGACGCAUGUUUCUCCUGCAAGUGAGAGCCGCCGACGACGAAGUGUAA